GCGGGCUGUCAGGGGCGCCGGGCUGGUGCGCACUGCUCUGGAGGGACGUCGGGGAGCCCUGACCGGCCGCCCGGCGUCUGCUGCUGUGUGCGCUGGCCCCGCUGUCACCCGGACGGCCUCGCGAGGGGCCGGGAGGGCCACCGGGGAGGCUGACCCGGCGGCGGCGUGGGCUGCGCCGAGGCCGGGAGGAGGACCGGACUGCCGGUCUUCGGCUGCGAGCUGGUGGCCGGGACCGGGGCGCGCCGCCUGGCCUCGCCCGCCGUGGGGGUCGUGCUCCCUGCCCGGGAGUCAGGGCGGAGACCACACUUUGCGGGUCGCGGGAGAGAAGGUAAAUCUACCCGUGGCUGACUUUAGAAUUCUUCUGGCUUUUAAAUUUUUUCUUUUUAAAAUAACUUGGACGGAUAAAAGAUGUGCCAUGGCAGGAUAACACCAAAGAGCACCUCAGCGUUGGCCGUGGCCUCCGCGGGACAUGGAGUGUUCCUUCCACUGGUGAUCCUUAGCACCCUCCUUGGAGACGGACUUGCCUCAGUGUGUUCCCUACCCCCGGAGCCAGAGAAUGGUGGCUAUAUCUGCCACCCCCGGCCCUGCAGAGACCCCCUGAAUGCGGGCAGCGUCAUUGAGUACCUGUGUGCUGAAGGCUACAUGUUGAAGGGUGAUUACAAGUACCUGACGUGUAAGAAUGGAGAAUGGAAACCAGCCAUGGAGAUUAGCUGCCGUCUCAAUGAGGACAAAGAUGCCCACACAUCACUUGGGGUCCCCACGCUGUCCAUAGUUGCUUCCACUGCCAGCUCCGUGGCACUCAUUCUCCUCCUCGUGGUGCUGUUUGUGCUGCUGCAGCCGAAGCUGAAGUCGUUCCAUCACAGCAGGCGCGACCAGGGGGUAUCUGGCGACCAGGUUUCCAUCAUGGUGGAUGGAGUCCAGGUUGCGCUCCCGUCCUACGAGGAAGCUGUAUACGGCAGUUCCGGUCACUGUGUGCCUCCUGCUGACCCCAGAGUGCAGAUCGUGCUGUCAGAAGGGUCUGGGCCCGGUGGGAGGAACGGACCAAGGGAGCAGCAGUUGCAGGACCAGGGGGCCUGUUCCUCUGCAGGCGGAGAGGAGGAGGCCCCGGGCCAGUCUGGACUAUGUGAAGCCUGGGGCUCUCAGGGCUCAGAGACUGUGAUGGUGCAUCAGGCAACCACCUCUUCCUGGGUGGCCGGCUCAGGGAACAGCCGAGUGGCAUACAAAGAAGCCCCAGAUUCAGAGAACAGUGACAUACAAAGCCUUUUAUCCCUCACAUCGGAGGACUACACAGAUGAUAUCCCGCUGUUGAAAGAAGCAUGAGUGCUGCCACGGGCCUCUCCUCUCUGCAACGGUCCUCUCUGCCCCUCUUCCCUCUCCCUGUGGGUUUGAGUACGCCAUACUCCAGCCACCCUACCCGGAUACCUGAGCUGCCACCUGUGUAUCUGUGUAUCUCUGUAUCUCUGAGGGCCUCCAGGCCCACCUUGCUGGAAACUCAAGAUGAUUCUCGCCAUCUGCCCGCUGGACAGCUGGAGGAGCUGGCAUUUUGCCUACUCCAGCCUUCCCAUCUGUGUCGGAGACAUUUGAAUGUGCUGGACUGAACUCUUCCUUUCCCUGAGCCCUCCGGGUCCCCUCCAGCCAGCUCUUUGGCGGCAGACCCCACCAGCCUGCGUGGGCCUGAGAGCCGCUGUGUUUACUCGUGCCUUCCCCCACCCAGCCCAUUCGGUUUCCCUGUCAUGCAGGCUUGUUGCUGUCCUACAAGCCUUGGUGGCUGCACUGCUGCCCUCCGGCACACAGAGGGCCAGGCCUGGGUCUGGGUCUGGCCUGUCACCUUUAAGGGCUGGCACCACUGCCCUUAGCAGGAGCAGAUCCAAAAGUGGCUCUAAUUAGGGCAAGGAUGUGGGUGCCCGGGCCUGCCCUGGGUUGACACCCGUGGCACAUUUCUUUGGCUGAGGUUGGAGGAUGUGGAAAAUCACGCCAAAGCUAUCCCAGCACUCAGGUGUCCAGCUCAGAGGUUCUGGCCCCUGGCCCUGUUGAGUUUCUGAGAAGCGUUGAGAAGAUCCUGAGGGAGGGAAGGAAGGAAGGUGGCUGAUGGGUGAUUGUCUUCCUAAUAUGCAAAUUCUCACUUCCUACUUCUAGCACCGGCCUUCCUGGCCUUGGUCUUUUCUGUUUCACUGGAGUGUGAGGGGAAGUGGCCUGCUGCCUCCUGGGUUUGGUCCUUGGCAGCCCCAGCUUCCUUGCUGCCCACAGGGGCCCGAGGUGAAUCAUCGCUGGGAUGGGAGAGUUGCUGAGGUGCCACGGAAGGUCUGUGUGGCCAGUGGCAUUUGGGGCACGUUGCCCCGUUCUGGGUUCGUGGUGACGGAAGGGAGCCUGAGAGGCACAGACCGAGUCCCCAGGCAGCUGCAGGCAGCUCCAGCCCCGGUCCUGAGGGUCCUCGUCACCACAGUCACGUGCCUUAGUAACUGUGCCCAGGAAGCGUGCUGCUGCUUGCUGCACUGCUGCUUUCCCUGCUUGUGUUUCCCCUGCCACCCUUCCACACGCCAGCCCACCAGCGAGUCCCUGCUCUCUCCCUUGGCCCCCCUGCCACCCUUCCACACGCCAGCCCACCAGCGAGUCCCUGGCACCUGGGGGAGGGGCCGACACUCCUGUACAUCCCCCUUGCUGGUCUGCAGCGGGUGAAUGCUUGCGAAGCAGCCUGGCUCCGGGUCCUGGAGUCGGAGCGGGUGGGCCUGGUGCUCCCAGAUGCUCCUGCUGGGGGCUCUCGCUCUGCCACGUGUGAAUGCUGACCAGGGCUGGGGUGGCAGAGCUCAGCCAGGCUACUGUCAUCCUCAAAAGACGUGGCAUUAAAGAAUGCUUGUUUCUGUUUUGUUUUUGAAGCGCUGGGGCUGGGAGACUUGUAGCUGAGCCCACCUGUACCUCUGCUGCUCCCCAGCCGCUCUGUUUGGGAUGGUGAAAACAGUAAAGAACCCAGUCUAUUUUCAGUACCUGACCUAACAGGGUAGCUCCAGGCGUGGUUGGCCGCAAAGAUUAAGAGGAAUGGCCUCCUCUCAGCCUCCCGCGCCACUCUCAACACGCACUUUACCACCUGCCCGCUCCUGGCCUCCUGGCGCCACUGUAGUCUUCCUUCGCUCAGGGUAAGGGCAGUGCCUUCUGGGCCUGCGGGCAACCCCACACCUCCCCCCUUCCCCACCCAGGAGCCCUCACGUGCUGUGCGCAGAGCCCUGGCUGGCGUGUUUCCAUACAGAGCAGGUUGGUGAAGGUGCUGGAACACAGAAGCCUCUGAGGGACAUGCUGCAGACCAGGGGGCCUGCCCUUGCCUCCAAAGAGGCCAUUUUCGGAGAUGUGCCUGUCAGCGGUUGCUGGCACGGGGCCCAUCUGGAGGGUAGGGUCCCUACAGACCCUAGUUGCCUCCUUUACCCACAGGGGUGCCCUGUCUUCCUCCAGAAAAGACAGCAGGGACAAAUCGCGGUGGGGGGCGGGGGUUGGGGGCGGAAUCCAAAGUCUCACUGUUGAGCCUGCAGCCUGAAUUCUAGUCUAGAAUAUUUUUAAAAAUGGAAGAUCUUACCCUUUUUUAUAUCAUUGCUCUGGAUCUUUCCCUCCCUAAGAGAUUAUGCUAUUUGAGGUUUAUUCAGCCGAGUAGGUGACGAACUUAGCCCUUGGGGGAAAAAAUGAAAAGCCUUUCUUCUGAAGCCUUCUUCCACCUUGCUCACCAUUAACACUGUCCUGCGGAUCACAAGCCCAGACUUGACUACCUGGUAGGAAAGAAAGUCUGGAUAAAUGGGAACCUAGCAUACACACACCUUUGCCACCUCUCUCCCGUCCCCUCUGUCCCUGGCUUUGCUGAGGCCCAGCUCCCACCUCCCACCUCCCGCCUCCCACCUCCUACCUCCCACCUCCCACCUCCCGGGGCCUGUCGGGGGAGGAUCCAGGCCUCCCAUUGCAGCUGACAUCCUUGCUGGCGGCUUCUCUUGCAGUUCUCUUCUCUGAAGCAGUUUCUUAGCCAUCAGCCAGGUGCUGCUGUUUCUAGAGCUUCUGGGGUUUGUCCCUUUCAAGGGAUUAGGGACUCCACAGCUGCCUUGAAGUGGGGCCUGGCUGAGAGACCAGGGCAGUGGCAGGUGGCAGGCUGUUGGGCAGGAGGCUGCCAAAGGAUCCCAGAGCAGGUGGGAAGACCACGGCCCUGGCUUUCCCGGGCUCACCUCUAGGGGAGUCCAGCAGAGGGCUUGUCCAGGAGGGUAGCCAGCACCAAAGGACUAAAAGUGUCUUUUUGCACACAUGAGCUGACUCAGUGGUUUUCUAUCCUGCUGACUUGCCAACGACUUUCAAGGGCCAGUAUGUGGUGAAAAUCACUUAAGGUUUCCGUCCCUUUCAAUGCCUUAGUUUAGCGGAUAGGCUCUCUCUUUUGCCAUUUCUGAAUGUUGUGUGCCGUGUUCUCAUCUCACUGGUGUGAACUGUGAAAUGGACUGAGUCCCAGCCACUUUGUGAGUUCUUUUGGCUUUAUAAGGCACUUCAGUGUGCAUUCUACUAACACUCCAUUUGCAAACAGAACUUAAGCUAAUGUCUUCUCCAUUCAUCCUCCCCCUCCUCUCCCUUCUCCCCCCUCCCCCCCCCCCCCCCCCCCCCCCCGCCAGCUUUAAAGUUCUGUGGAGAAGCCUGAUGGCAAGACAGACAAAGGUAGACUUUUCCUGCUUCUUUAGUGCUGGCACAGGGAUCCACAGGCAUUCGGCCUUUCCCCUCCCUCCCAGUUCUGGCCACAUGGCAGUGUCUCCUCCGUUCACAGGGAUAUCCUCACAUAGAGAAUGGGAUAUGCUGCAAACACUUCUACAUCCUUGCCUUUCUUUCCUCCUGAAAGAGAAUAAAGGGCCCGGAAGAGAAGUGCUACACAGGCUUAAGUCCCCGUGUGCUUGUGAGGACAGUGAGGCCGAGGGCUUCUGGGACUCCCGGCUCUCAACGUAGGGCCAGUCUUUGCUGGGGUCCGGGGAGGGGCUGAACUAGACUUUGCUUGGCCGAAGCACAGACUGAGUGGUAGAGUAGCUGAUUCCCUGAACAGGGAACGGCAACAGGCUCAGCUUUGCUGGGAAGCUGCCGCUCUUAAUUUCCAGUUGAAAACCUAGAAGAAUCUUGAAUGGAAACCCCGAGGUUGAGCCCUCUGUCUGGCAGCAGAGCUGGCUGGAGGGAACGGAGGGGCACAGCACUCAGAUUGCCAGGCCGGAGGAGAGAUGGACGCGGGUUGCAUGGCGGCCUACCACACCCCGCCCUGGCUUCUUUUCACACCACUGUGGAAUCCUUUGUAGAAUGGUACUCCUAGAUGAUGGUUUCAAAUGACACAUGCAUCAUUGACUCUGUGCAGGAUGUCCCUCAAUCAGUUUGGGUUUGCUUUAUUUUAUUUUAUAUAUUUUUUGGUAUCCUGUACAUUGCGGUGGGUGUGAAGAUAGUAUUUUAAUAUUUGUACAAAGUUUAAUUUAAUUUUAAUUGUUCUAUGUAUAUAACUGCAUUUCUAAAUAAUAAUUAAAAAGGUUCUUACGAA